AUGUCUACUUCGACGUUCACUACUGCAGUACUGGGCCUCCUGGCCGCCUUUCCAGCGUCUUAUGGCGUUACAGUGCCGGGCCUCCCAGGCUACUGCGACCCUGGCUCACCUGCCGAUGCCAAUAACUUGCAGUGGUACGAUGUGACAUCCGAUUGCAGUAAUGCAGGUAUUCCAGGAUAUUGCUGCGUCACAUUUGUCGGCAAUAGCCAGUGCGAGCCCGAUUUCAGCAGCGAGACCACGUCGACCGUUAGCGAUCUUCUCAAUGCUAUCAAUCAGCAGCUCGGCAAGAGCGGUCAAUUCGAUAGCUCCAAAGUCGGGCACUGGUUCGCAACGUACAGUUUGUUUGCAGACAAGCCCGAGUCGGCGCCAGCUAUCGAGCAAAUCUGGGAUCACGCUAUUGAUGAAUUCAUCGCCAAUGCUACACAGAAGACCAAUCUUGGACCCGUGAGCAGUGUCUGGCUCUAUGCUGGCGGCUCCCAAGGACCAACUCGGAUCGAGGUUGAUUACAACUGUUGA